UUCUUAUUUUUCUUUCUUGCAUCGCCUACACAGUCCCAUUGAUUAUUUAAGGAAUCCCAUUGAAAAAUAGCAGGCAUUUAGUGCCUUUUCAGGUUCCAUGCCUGUUCAAAUUCCUAAAACCCUACAGAUUUGUUUUAACCUCUUCAAAACCCUAUUUUGUUUUUCUUUAUAUUCUCUUCCUCUCUUUUUUUCUCUCUUUUUUCCUCCUCUCUCUCACACCACCACCCCUCUAUCACCUCAUCUCUCUUCUUCUCUCUAGCCGAAGCAUCACCCAACCUCUUCACCCCCUCAUCUCUUUACCUCCUUCAAGCCGGAGCCCACCAACUCUGCAUCUUCUCAGGCCGUUUAGCCGGCCACAUAUGCAUCUUCGCCGGCCACCGCUGCGGUUGCUCUGGCCGUCUUCUCCGAGAAGACCUCUCUCUCUUCCUCUUGGAUUUCCUUCCUCUCUCUCUCGGAAUCUUCAUCCGGAUGGACAACUAAGCCGAUCUUGAAGCACUGUAACACCAGCACUAGGUGACUAGCAUGGACGAAUAAUAACUGAUUGUAUUCUUUUCAACUUUUGUUUUGUUCCGGCAUAAUUAUAUGUGCGAAUAUACCUUUCUAUGUGAGAUUUAGUAUGUGUGCUGCAAUGUGGAAGAAUGUCCUGCAUCGAAACAAUUUGCUUAUGAUCAGGCACUACUCAAGACUUUCUCCUCCACCACCUGCUUCUGCUGAACCAAUCAUCCGAGUUUCCAACCACAUAACUCAAUUGGGCUGUCCGAAACAGGGACCAAAGCCUCGGCAGCUCCUAUCCUUGCCUCCAUUCCCUGCGCACCCCUUACCCGGAAAGAACUCUGAUGCUAUUCCUGGGAAGCCCACUCAUGUCACUGCCAUCAGUUGGAUCAAAUAUUACUUUGAUGAAAUCCCUGGAAAUGUGAUCCAGUCCCAUUUCAACAAGGGCCUUGUGAGUGUCCAGAUGGAAUGUCGAAAUUUGAAUGAGCCAUUGAUGGAACAUGAAGGACAAAUAAAACCCAUGAGAAAGAUUAAGCAUAAUGAGGUAAUGGAGGUGGGGAUGAGGCUUCAUGUACCGGUAUCAGUUGCUGAGGCUAGGAUUUCCAAGAGAUUUAACACCAUACCUAGUGGAACUCUAUACCCAAAUGCUGAUGAGAUAGAGUAUUUGCAAAGGCUUGUCAAGUACAAGGACUCUGCUAUAAUCGUACUAAAUAAGCCCCCCAAAUUGCCAGUGAAGGGGAACCUUCCUGUUCAUAACAGCAUGGAUGCCUUGGCAGCUGCAGCAUUGUCUUAUGAUUAUGAUGAGGGUCCUAAAUUGGUUCAUCGUCUUGACAGAGAGAGUAGUGGCCUCCUUGUUAUGGGGAGAACAAAAGAAAGCGUAGCUCAUCUUCAGUGGCUGUUCAGUGACAUAAAUAAAGUAAAAUCCUUGUCUAAGGCUUGGAAUGAUACAUGUGAAGCAACAUAUCAGAGGUAUUGGGCAUUGGUCAUAGGUUCUCCCAAGGAAAAGGAAGGAUUUAUUUGUGCCCCUCUUUCGAAGGUAAUUCUUGAUGAUGGGAAAACUGAGAGGGUUAUUUUGGCUCAUCCCUCAGGUUUAGAACCUUCCCAAGAGGCUGUAACUGAAUAUCAGGUGCUUGGUCCCAUGAUAAAUGGAUGCUCAUGGAUUGAAUUGCGUCCGCAUACAAGCCGGAAGCAUCAGCUCCGUGUGCAUUGCGCUGAAGCACUUGGCACACCAAUUGUGGGUGACUACAAGUAUGGUUGGUUUGUGCACCGUAGAUGGAAGCAAAUGCCUAGGGUUGAUAUUGAGCCGACGACUGGGGAACCCUACAAGUUGCGGAGACCGGCAGGCUUGGAUGUUCAAAAGGGUAGUGUCUUAUCUAAGGUGCCCUUGUUACAUCUUCAUUGUAGGGAGCUUGUCCUCCCCAAUGUUGCGAAGUCUCUUGAGUUUAACAACCGAAAUGCAGAAAACGGCCAUGGGAACCCGAAGCAAAGCUCAAAGCCGGAUCUCCUUCGGUUUGUGGCAUCAAUGCCCUCCCACAUGAAAAUUAGUUGGAAUCUCAUGUCCUCUUACUUGGUGUAACCAUCUCACUUGCUUUAUUUAUUGACAUUAACCUGGUGUCGUACUGUGACCUGAUUUGAAUGGUUAAUAGUAAAUUUGAUUGUGAAUU